GAAAUGCCCAAUUCUGUCUUUUUGGUCAUGGAGUACUGCAAUGGUGGAGACUUAGCAGAUUACUUACAAGCUAAAGGAACUCUGAGUGAAGACACCAUCCGAGUGUUCCUGCAGCAGAUUGCAGCAGCAAUGCGCAUUCUGCACAGCAAAGGCAUCAUCCACAGGGACCUCAAACCCCAGAACAUCCUCCUGUCCUAUGCCAGUCGGCGCAAGUCGAGUGUCAGUGGCAUCCGCAUCAAAAUAGCUGACUUUGGGUUUGCUCGUUAUCUGCAUAGCAACAUGAUGGCUGCAACUCUGUGUGGUUCCCCUAUGUACAUGGCCCCUGAAGUGAUUAUGUCUCAACACUAUGAUGCUAAAGCAGACCUGUGGAGCAUAGGGACUGUGAUUUAUCAGUGUCUUGUUGGAAAACCACCUUUUCAGGCCAAUAGUCCUCAAGAUUUGAGAAUGUUUUAUGAAAAGAACAGGAAUUUGAUUCCUAGUAUUCCUAGGGAAACGUCAUCUUACCUGGCUGACCUGCUGUUGGGUUUGCUUCAGAGAAACCAGAAAGAUAGAAUGGACUUUGAAGCAUUUUUCAACCACCCUUUCCUGGAUCAUGUUUCAACAGUCAAAAAAUCUUGUCCUGUACCAGUGCCCACAUAUGCAGGCUCAGUCUCUGGCAGUUCCUGUGGCAGCUCUCCCUCGUGCCGUUUUGCUUCUCCUCCAUCUCUGCCAGACAUGCAGCAUAUUCAAGAAGAAAAUUUGUCUUCCCCUCCAUUGGGUCCUCCUAACUAUCUUCAAGUCUCCAAGGACUCUGCCAGUACCAGUAGCAAGAACUCCUCUUGUGACACAGAUGACUUUGUUCUUGUCCCGCACAAUAUCUCUUCAGACCACUCAUAUGAUAUGCCAUUGGGAGCAGCUGGCAGAAGGGCUUCCAGCGAGUUCCUGAUGUGUGGAGGGCAAUCACCAUUAACUAUUUCUGGAAGCUCAGGAACUGUACAGAAACCAUCCUCAGCCUCUUCUCGAAGUACUGCAUCUGGUACAGCCAACAGGCACUGUCAGCCUUCGGUGUCCCCCCGCAGCGAGACGGCUCCGAUCCCGGUACCCACCCAGCUCCGCAACUACCAGCGCAUCGAGCAGAACCUCUCCUCCACUGCCAGCCCUGUGGCCAACCCCCACGGCUCACCAAGAGCUGGAGUUGUGAGACGCUCCAAUACCAGCCCCAUGGGGUUCAUGAAGAUGGGCUCAUGCUCCCCUGUGCCAGCUGACACUGCUCAGGGCGUCGGGCGCAGGUUAUCCACAGGAUCUUCUAGACCUUACUCUCCUUCACCACUAGUUGGAACCAUACCUGAGCAGCUUGGACACUGUUGUUGUGGACAGCUUCAAGGACAUGAAUCAAGGAGUAGAAACUUCUCAGGUUCUCCAAUACCAUCUCAGUCUCCACAGUCGCUUCUGAUGGGAGCAAGGUUGCAGAGUGCUCCUACUCUCACAGAUAUCUACCAAAACAAGCAGAAGCUCAGAAAGCAGCACUCAGACCCAGUAUGCCCAUCCUAUGCUGGGUAUGGCUACAGUCAUUCUCCACAACCAAGCAGGCCAGGGAGCCUGGGAACAUCACCUACCAAACACAUGGGGUCCUCACCCAGGAGCUCAGACUGGCUCUUCAAAACUCCACUCCCAACCAUCAUCGGCUCUCCCACCAAGGCAACAGCUCCUUUCAAAAUACCCAAAACUCAAGCGUCCUCAAACUUGCUGGCCCUGGCCAAUCGCCAGGGCUUGGCCGAAACCCCUUUGCAGCCUAAAGAUAUCACUGACCCGAGGGACUUCACACACUUCCACUCGGCCCAGGGAGCUGACAAGCAGCUGGGAGAGCAGCACAGCAAAACCACCUUUGGCAGGUCUGUGAGUACUGGGAAGCUGUCAGAGCAACAGGUGAAGACUACACUUGGGGGCCAGUUAUACCAAGGCAGUACAGACAGCCUGAACACAGAGAGGCCAAUGGAUACAGCCCCAGCAGGAGCCUAUGGAAUUGCAAUGGCAACUCCUUCCAUGGGAAGUGGGGCAAGUUCUCGGGCUGUCAUGUUUACUGUUGGGUCCCCUCCAAGCAGUGCCACCCCUCCUACCUGCACUCAUAUGGUCCUCAGAACAAGAACCACCUCAGUUGGAUCAAACAGUUCUGGAGGGUCUCUCUGCUCCACUAGUGGCCGUGUGUAUAUGGGCUCUCCUCCUGGUAUUUAUAUGGGCUCUUCUCCUCCGGGGGCUGAGGCAGCUCCAAGUCUGAAGUACAUGCCUUAUGGCACUUCACCUCCCAGCUUAGAGGGCUUUAUCACUUUUGAAGCUCCUGAAUUGCCUGAGGAAACUUUAAUGGAGAGAGAACACACGGACACACUGCGUCACCUAAACAUGAUGCUGACAUUUACAGAGUGUGUUCUGGAUCUGACUGCAGUGAGAGGAGGAAACCCAGACCUGUGUACUUCUGCUGUGUCACUGUACCAAAUCCAAGAGAGCGUAGUUGUGGAUCAGAUCAGCCAGCUCAGCAAAGAGUGGGGGCAAGUGGAGCAGCUGGUGUUGUACAUGAAAGCUGCACAGUUACUGGCAUCUUCCCUGCACCUUGCCAAAGCCCAGGUCAAGUCAGGGAAGCUGAACCCAUCCACUGCUGUGAAGCAAGUUGUGAAAAGCCUCAACGAGAGAUACAAAUUCUGUAUUGGCAUGUGCAAGAAACUGACAGAAAAGUUGAAUCGUUUCUUUUCGGACAAGCAAAGGUUCAUUGAUGAAAUCAACAGUGUAACUGCAGAGAAACUCAUCUACAGCUGUGCUGUGGAAAUGGUGCAGUCAGCAGCUCUGGAUGAGAUGUUCCAGCAGACUGAAGAUAUCACGUAUCGAUACCACAAAGCAGCUUUGCUGCUGGAAGGACUGACUAAAAUCCUGCAAGACCCUGCAGAUAUAGAAAACGUCCACAAGUACAAAUCCAGCAUCGAGCGAAGGCUUUCUGCACUCUGCUACAGCACAGUGGCUGUGUAUGAGCAGUAGGAACAUCCCCAGGACCAGAUGGUGUGAACAUAAGGGACCACAUCAGUGAUACUGCACUUUCUUUCACUACAGCUUCAUUGUUGUCCUUGUUCUGCCCCACGUGGAAGAUGAUUCUUACAUUUCUGUGGUGACUACCAAAGAAACAGCAGCAUAUUCAAAGAGGAGAAAUUCCAAAAGUACACUUGCCUUACCAAUCCAGCAGCUCCUUUUCCUUCCUAGCAACAGCAUUCAAAAGAAUCUCUCUUCACAUUUCAGACUGAUCCUUGUACGCGUGCUUUGAACUUGAAUGAUCAGGGGUUGUUUGUUUUUAUUUUUUUUAUCCCUCGGGAGGUUUUUAGAGAGUGGAUCCUUCUGCAUCAGGUACAAAGAGACAUUUCCCUCAGAAGAUUCCCUCGAGAGUUUUUUAAGUUGUCAGUCAAAUGUGGCCGAGUGAAUUUGGGAAACCCUAACCAUGUGCUGCUUGAAGCUUUUGGGGCUAAGCUGCCUUGAAUUGGAGCUCACCUGUUGUAACCAUGGCUCAGGUUGUGAUACGAAGGGAUGGUGAAAAUGCU